AACGUAUAGUUGAUAAUUUCCAUCCAAGUAAAUGGAAAGUAAAUAAUUAUUUUUUUUUAGGGAAUAUCUUUGAAUAGUAUCGUUCACCUGGAUCAUCAUCAUCAUUUAUUCCAGCACAUCUUCAAUCAAUUUGGAGUAAAGAAGAUGCUGUUCGUUCUGUUCUAUUUUCAUUAAUAUCAACACAAAUUAAUCAACAAACAUUUUCUACACCAUCAUCACCAAGAAAAAUUCGAUCACAAUCUGAUUCAUCAGCACCUAAUGCACUUUCUUCUUCAGCAAUUCUUAAUAUGUAUUUACCAAAAUCAAAUGAGAAUAAAAUUGAUAUUACAACAAAAACUACAUUAUCUGUUGAAUAUCAUACAUAUAUUAUCGAAAAGAUCUUGAAGGGCAAUGUUGUAAUGGUAGUAUAUGAUGAGACUGGUUCUGAAAGUGAAAAAAUGAGAUCUUCUGAAGACGAUGAAACAAAUAAUAAAAUGCUGAUGAUGAAUAGUGCAUCAACAGCAAAUUCAAAUGCCGUGGCUGACACUGUUCCAAUGAACGAAGAUUAUAAAGAUGACCAGCGUGAAUAUGAAGAUAAACGUAAACAAGUCAGUAGAUAUAAAUGA